AGUACAUUUGCAUGCAGCACACUAGAGGGCCCUCCGGAGUUAGAAAUGGAUGGAAUGUACUUUUAGAAGGCACAUACUUCACAGGACUUUUCAUUACAGAAUUUAAAAUAGAAGUUUCUUUUUUUUUUUUUAUAACGUGAGGUUCAUGUAAGUUUAUAGCAGUUCAUAUGCAAACAACCUCUCAGUACAGUUAGCUUCCUAACAGUAUUUAGCUUGCAAUGAAAUAACUAAAAUGUGGACCAUACUUAAAAAUGAAAUAUGUGCUAGAAUACUUGGAGAACGUCAGCUUUUACUAAGUCAUUUGUAUUAACCUAAGGAAUUUACCAGAACAAAGGAUGAGUCAAGCUGAAUAGUUUCAGAGAACUUCAGCUAUUUUAGACCACAAGUCAGUAAACUUUGCUUACGUAGUUGCCUCCAUUCAUUCUCUGAAGCCAAUCACUUCUCCUGUGGUGGCUGAUAAGAAUUUAACAGCUUGUUGAGGUGGAGUGUCAGCAUCCUUAGUACUAAACACAUUCCCAGGAUUAUCAGUAGCCUCUGUCCAUCACCCAUGCUGGAAGCUAUUUGGAAAAGGAGAAGUAGAAAUCGGGGAAGGGAAAUCAUGCAUCAUCAUCCUGGCUGGAAUGUACUGAAGACUUUAUGCUGUUUUCAUCAUGUGGAUUUGCUAGAGAAAUGACCUUCUUUGAUCAGCCAGGGAAAACCAAGAACUGGUUAAUUUGCCCCCUGUGCCCACCACGAGUGCUGAGGCUCUGGACUUGCAGGCGCCCAAGGACAAGGAGGAAUCUGCUAGUGGGCAUGGCUUGCGUGAUCUACUUGGGCUUCCUCGUCAGUCAAGUGGGUCACGUUUUACCCCAGCACAAAGGAGCACACUCAAAGACCCGUUCCAGAAGUCUCCAAGAUGCAGCCCAAACUCCUUUUCUGGGCAUCCCACUGGAUGGCACCCUAUCACCACCCAAUUUCCAGGAACCCCAGCUGGGUGGCAAUGGGACCUCAGUGCCGCCCAAUGUAGUUUAUAUCACCCUGCGGUCCAAGCGCAGCAAGCCUGCCAAUAUCAGAGGCACCGUGAAGCCAAAGCGCAGGAAGAAACAUGCCAUCCCUUUGUCCUAUGGGCAGCGCUUUCCAAAAGCUACUUUCACUGGCCAAGAAGAGACCUUUGUCCAGCAACGGGGAAGGGCCAUGCGUGCUGCAGGCACAGUGGGAGCAGCGAUAGCUCCGGAGACGAAGAGGCACCAACUGAAUGAACACAGGGAUAAAAAAAUGGCAAUCAGGGGGAGGGGUCACUGGAGACCUGGGGGGAUUUCUGGAGGUAUAAAGGCACAGCCCCAGGCUCAGGAAAGUAACAUCAGGAUUUACAGCAAGAGCUCUCCCUCUUGGCUGAGCAAAGAUGACAUCCUAAGCAUGCGUAUGCUGGCAGAUGCUCCAAUAGAGAGUAUCCAAGAAGUGCCUUCUCAUAACGUCGUCCUGGUAGUAUUUGAGAGGGGUUCCCACACCCCAGGAACCGCUUGUAAUCACGGGCACUGUGGCACCAUCAAAAGACCUCUUGACAUGAGUGAGGUGUUUGCCUUUCAUUUGGAUAGGAUCCUGGGGCUAAACAGGAGCUUACCUUCUGUGAGCAGGAAAUCGGAGUUCUUCCCAGACAGUCAAGCCUGUCCUGUCAUUCUCUGGGAUCCCACACUGAAUCCAACAGAUAGUAUUACCCAUUCUUCAGUGAGAUUAACGUGGGGGAGAUACCAGCAACUAUUGAAGCAGAAAUGCUGGCAGAAUGGUAAAAUACCCAAAGCUGAAUGGGGCUGUACUGAAAUUCAUCAUCAUGAGUGGUCCAAGAUGGCACUCUUUGAUUUUCUUCUGCAGAUCUAUAAUCGACUAGACAGAAAUUGUUGUGGAUUCAGACCUCUCAAAGAAGAUUUCUGCGUGCAGCAAGGACUCAAGCUGAAAUGUAGUGAUCAAGAUGCUGUUGAGCUGACGCACAUUGUUCAGAGAAGGCAGGACCAAAGGCACUUGGUUUUUAUAGACAAUAAGGGUUUCUUUGACCGAAGCGAGGACAAUCUCGACUUCAAAAUACUACAAGGAAUCAAUGAAUUCCCUGAAUCUGCAGUUUCAGUGCUGAGGAGCCAGCGUUUACGUGAGAAGUUGCUUCAGUCUUUGUUCCUUGACAAAGUAUACUGGGAGAGCCAAGGAGGCAGGAAAGGAAUUGAAAAACUUAUUGAUGUAAUAGAAAGGAGGUCCAAAAUUCUUCUUACUUAUAUAAAUGCACAUGGAGCCAAAGUAUUACCCAUGAAUGAAUGAAACAUGCUUGUUCCUAACUGCAAGACAGUUUUUAAAAAAAAUUACAUGAGACAAAAACUGACAGUAAAAUUGAUUUUCUUCAUAGGCUUAUUUAAUUUUUAUUUUUCCAAACUUGCAAGCUUAUUUUUAAAUAAGAAAACUUACAUGGUUUAAAAGCAUCAGCAUUUAAAUAUCAGCUGCAACUCAACACAGUGAACUCAGUUCUACAUCACCAGUGAAAUGAAAUGAAAAAUAACCAAAUAGUAUAAUAAGUAAUGCAGUAAUAUGCACAGUGAAGACUCCUCUUGUUAAACUGUUCCAGAAUUAGCAGCAGAAUUUUCAGUACAUUAGUCUGGAUUAGUCUAACUUCCCUCAUUCAAGUCAGUGAAACUUUUAUUGCAAAUUUAAAUGGGAACAGAGAUUUGUCAGCACUUAACACAUUGAUGAAAAUUGCCAUCUCAUCUGUCUGCUUAAACAUACCUAGUGUAGGAGUUUGCCUUUUUGAUUAAGAACACUAAAAUUACAAUAUUUCCUAAAGCUUAUUUUAUUUUAUUUCAUUUUGAUUUUUUGAAACCUGAGACCUAAAUUUAGCUGUUUUAAAAGCAGGUAUAUUUCCAUUGAACAUGAGAGAAAGUUAGGAACAUGAGAAGAAUACGCUGUAACAGAUAAUUCAUUUGAUCAAUACAGUUUCUACCUGUCCAGUAUAGUCUGCAAUUGGUCAUGAGUCACUUGUUAUGAUGUGCUAUUUUAAGUACAAGCUGUUUUGAUGAGUGAAUAGAUCAUCUGGUAUUUUCCAGCUAUUGAUUAACUGGGUGUUACUCACAGAAUCAUCCUUCAGUACAACCAGCUUUCUGUAGGAAUUCAGCUUUAGCUUUGUUUGAAUAUGCUGCUACAUGAGUGUACACAUAUUUUGGUUUUGCAACAUUCUUGACAAUCAUUUUCUAGAACAUUAUCAAAAGGCAGACCUAAUAGGGAUGGGUCAUAAAAAUUAGAACAGAAAAUGUUGUUUGUGCUGUUUGCUCAGCUCUAGCCAGCAAUUUCUGCUUUUCCAUUAAGAUUGACCACUGCGUGAUGAUUCUAGCUGAUGACUUGCCCCAAGUAUUCCCAUAGCUAAGGUGGUUAGAAAACCUUGGAUAAGCGCUUUGGAUUCACAGCCUUGAUCUGAGAUAGCGUAACUUAGGUUGUUCCUAUGUCUCAUGGCUGCUCCAGAAAUAUAGUAUCAACUGAUACAGUCUAUUAUAACAUAUACCUUCUACCUACCUGUUUAAAAACACUCUUAUUUUCUGUAAAUUUUCCAGAUAACAACAAAAGUUAUAUUCUUUCAUAGCUACUCCUGUCUUUAUGUAUAGUAACAAAAUAUAUGAUGUAUAACAUUUAAAAAUGUUUUCAGAAGUGCUUAUGUAAAAGGAUUUCUUGUCAUUAUGAGAAACUAAAAUGUUUUGUGUGUGUGUUAAUGAGGGUGGGUGAAUUUAAUGUCUUAAACAACUACGAUUCCAUUGCAGAUAAAACAGAUUCUCAUUCUUAGUAUAUGAACAGCUAUUAACAAUAAUUGCAUUACUAGAAGCAAUAGAUAUCAUCAUAUGGCGAGCUAAGGAUACUUAAUAAAAUUUCAGGAGCUUGCUCAUCUAGAUAAUCUUUUUUUCUACUCUGUCGGUAAAGGCCAGAUUCAUUGGCAUUUUAAAAACUUCCUAGAACUAAACUAUUGCCUUGAGAAGACAUGUUUUAGAAUGCUAUGGACUUUUUGGUGAGACUGAGGUAAAAUUUUAUAGGAUUUAGAUAUUACACCUUUUUUAAAAUGUAAAACCUAUUAGCCAGGUAAUUUGUACCAUGGAAACAAAAAUAGUACUGUAGUUUGCAUUGGGACCAGAACCUAGCAAAAGAAGUAAUCCUCUGGAUCCAUUUCAAAUAGAAAUUCCCUGUUAUAUUUAGCAUAAAUUCCACUCUUUGGUGACUGUCAUGAUCAUUUUCUCCCAUUUUCUAGCCUAUCUCAGUUUUCUUCCUGCUAGAUACAUGUUUGGUUGGAUUAUCACACAUGCUAGGAGUGAGAUAAAGGCACGAUUCUCAGCUGCACUGAUCUUAGCCAGAAGAGGGCCAAGUGAAGCUACAACAGUCUACCUGAUCAUGAAAAAAACUCUCAUGAGAACUCUGUCUUCUAGCUUCUUCUCUUCUGUCUUUAGACAUCACAUCCUCAUGUCCAGUCAUCCUCUCAUAUUGCCCAGUUAUUAUCAGACUUGACCAAUUGCCCAAGAAGAGAAGAAAUUAGAAACCGAGAUAUUUUUGUUUUCAGGUUAAGUCAUCGUCAUCCAUUUCUGUGGUGAUAACUUGAUGCAUUCUUCUCUGUUUCCUGUGGACAUGGACUAGUGCUUCCUUGAGCAUGAUACAUGCUUUUUCAUUUGGCUGGAAGUUUCAGUGCCAGUCCUCUAAGCUGUGGUGUAAUUGCCACAUAGUAAGGAUGAGUUUCUCUCACAUCCCUGAAGCUCAGCAGGAACACUGUUUCCCAGUAACCCAGAGCUUAGGAGGUCCAAGUAACUACGAUAAUGGUACAGAAUUUCACCAAGCAUGAGAAAGCUAAGUGUAAAGAGUGGAUGUUCUGGAGAGGAAUCAUGCAAAUGAAUUUCCUUAAGAAAUUAAUGGUGGUUAUUGGUAGACCUUUUUAGUGGCAGAGACAUACAGGUGAGCACACUACAUGCUGCUCUCACCUUCUGAUGGUGCCUUCGCAUUACUGUAUGCAUAGCUUGAGGCCUUACUCGCUAUGCUGCAUUCACAUGCCAUAUUUCUUACUCACGCAAAUGCUCCCAUUGUCUUCAGGAGGUUAGGAGAGGCUGUGUGAGACUGGGCGGUAGGACUGGGUUGUAAAUUACUUCUAGUUCUAUAAUGCUGGUGACCAACUCUGGAAAGUGCCUUUUUUCCUAAAUGUUUAUCCUGUUGUUGUAUAGCUUGGUACUUGAAUCCAGCAUUGUUAAUAAUAGAAAGUAUGACUGCCAGAGUGCUUAUGAAUACAUAAUAGCAAAGUAUAUACAUAUAUAUUUUUUUGCAAAAAUGAAGAGUGACAAAAUUCUGUACUUUUUAAGUGCAUUUGUAGAAAUGUUUCGGUAAAAAGUACAAAAGAAGCACUUUGCAUAGCUUGUUUAUUAGCUGCUACUUUGUUCAAGAAGAUAUCUGUUCUCUCAGCAGAAGGACUAAAGCUUAUAGAGAAAUCAGCCCAUUUCCUUUUAAAAGAGCAUGGCAUUGGGCUGAUAUUCCUGCACUGAAGCCGAAGUAAUACUAAUUGAUAGGAAAAAAACAAAGAAGCCUUACUCUACCUAUGGUGGAGAUCGACAGAGAGCCAAGGAACUGUGUUUUAGUCAUCUGUGCUGGGCUGCCUUCCAUUUAUGGGCAUAUGGGAAUCAGGCACAGAUUCAUGCUGCACAUUACUCGGAAGGGUGUAACCAACGGCAGCAGUCCAAAAUCUGUGGGUGGGAAAAGAAGAUUAUGUCAUUCUUGAAUCUGCCUAAAAGCCAGAACCACAUAAAAUGGAAUUACUAAGAAAGUCAAGAGAGGUUGCCGAUUUCAUAACAUUGGAAGACAGAGCUUGAUAUAAGUAGCACAGGCACAGAUGCCUUAAAAUUCCUCAGGAACUUGCCAGCAAAUCAAUAAUCUUAAAUGUUUCAGAAGCUGAGGACAUGAAAAUUUUUGUGGAGCACUGUGAGAGCAAUUUUCUCCUUUUUUUUUUAAUAUGUAUUCUGUAAUGCAUUAUAUUAAAGAUAAACUUCAUGGUUCCAAAAUAGCAAAUAUAGAUGUAGGGUACAUAAAGGGACAAGCUUUCAGUAGCAGUUCCGGGAAUACUUUCAUGCAUUUAUGUGUAUGCGAUGCACACAUACGUGUACAGGUACAUAAACCUUAGCUUGUUUCUAUAAAGCAGUCAGUGUGGCUAAAAAAGAGUGAGUGGUUUAUACAAUUUGCUUUUUACAUGUAGAAUUGUAUUAUUUGCAAGCAUAAGUCCAAGUCUGGAUAUACACAAGUUGAAGUUUAAACCAAAAAUUAUUGUGGAUGCAUUGCAACUUUUGUUUUCAAAGCAUUAACUCUCCUUUUGCUAACACUUCUGUAUGAUAUAAAAAGUAUUCUACUUACAAUUGUAAAGAAAAAUGACAAUAUGUUUGUAAUCUGAGCUAAACUGCCAGACGACACAGUGAUACUGACUGUGAGAUGUUUUUAUGGAGUUUUACAUUAGAUAUUGAAUUUCAGUUUUCUUUUGGAUUUUGUGCAUUUUAAAAGUCAUCAUAUUUGUCUUUUUAUUAUCAGUGCUGAAAACAAUAUUGCAAAUAAUGAAUUGUUUAGACAGCUAUCUCUGCUGCUGUGGUCAUAUAAUGUCCAGGCAUAUACAAAAUAAAAUGAUUAUCUUCAUCAGAA